AUGGGUGGAUUCCAGCGCAUUUGCAAGGGGACCCCAGCCCACAAGACGUGGCCCGCAGCGCCGGAGCAGGCCUUCCCGGACCAGCUGACCAUCUCCCCGGCAGCCCUGGUGCCUGGUGACCCGGAGGUGGCCUGUACGGCCCACAAGGUCACGCCUGUGGACCCCAAUGCGCUCUCCUUCUCCCUGCUCCUGGGGGACCAGGAACUGGAGGGGGCCCAGGCUCUGGGCCCGGAGGUGGAGGAGGAGGAGGAGGAGCCCCAGGAGGAGGAGGAGGACGUGCUGUUCAGGGUGACAGAGCGCUGGCGGCUGCCGACCCUGGCAACCCCUGUCCUGCCCGCGCUCUACUGCCAGGCCACGAUGAGGCUGCCUGGCUUGGAGCUCAGCCACCGCCAGGCCAUCCCGGCGUCCAAACCUACGGGUGACCAGCUGCCCACGGCUCUGUGGACCAGCAGUGCGGUGCUGGGACUGCUGCUCCUGGCUUUGCCCACCUAUCACCUCUGGAAACGCUGCCGGCACCUGGCUGAGGACGGCGCCCACCCACCAGCUUCUCUGAGGCUCCUGCCCCAGGUGUCGACCUGGGCUGGAUUAAGGGGGACCGACCAGGUCGGAAGUAGCCCCUUCUGAGUAGCCAGCCCUUCCCCCUGUGAAGGGAAAAUAGGUUGGACCCCUUCAAGCUGAGAACUGGUCGGGGCAAACCUGCCUCCCAUUCUAUUCAAAGUCAUCCCUCUGGUCACAGAGAGGGACGCACAUUCUGAUCGCCUCCUUUGGAAAGGCUCAUCAGAAACUCAAAAGAAGGUGACCGUUUGUCCCGCCUACCUGUGACCUGGAAGCCCCCCCCCCCCGCUAGAGUGACCCCCGACUUUCUGGACGGAACCAACGUACUUCUUACAUAUAUUGAUUCAUGUGUCAUAUCUCCCUAAAAUGCGUAAAACCAGCUAUGCCCUGACCACCUUGGGCCCCUGCCGUCAGGACCUCCUGAGGCUUUGGCAAAUAAACCUCCUAAAA